UGGAAUGAAAUUACAAAGUAUUUCCGAGCAGGCAUGCCACUAAGGAAACACAGGCAGCAUUUCAAGAGGCAUGGAAGCUGUUUCACUGCAUCAGAAGCUGUAGACUGGCUCCAUGAAGUACUAAGGAACAACAGUAACUUUGGUCCUGAAGUUACUAGGCAGCAGACUAUUCAGUUAUUAAGAAAGUUUCUCAAGAAUCAUGUAAUUGAAGAUAUAAAAGGGAGAUGGGGAUCUGAAAGCUUAGAAGACAACAGUGCACUAUACAGAUUUCCUUCAACAUCUCCAGUUAAACCUCUACCAAGUCCAUGUUCACAAAAAGAGAACUUGGAAAACUUCUCUAGAGACAAAGAAAGACUUUUUAAACUGCCACAUUUAUCCAGGAGAGCUUUUAAAAGACACGAGUUGCUACAGUCUCUGGAAAAUUUAGAAAAAACAAAGCCUGAUAGAAUAGGUGAAAAUGAGGAAGACACACUGAAUAGGAAGGAAAUAAGCCAGGAAUAUGUGAAAGAAACUUGGAGAAAUAUCAUUCUAAUACAUUUGCAAACCAUUUUAGGCCUCCCGUCUUUGGAAGAAGUUCUUCAGCCAGCACAGAUCAUUCCCGAGUAUGUCAUAUACAACAUGACUAACACAAGCAAACAUGGUGUUGUGAUUUUGCAGAACAAAUCAGAAGACCUCCCCCACUGGGUGUUGUCAGCUAUGAAGUGCCUCGCAUACUGGCCUAGAAAUAAUGACACGAGCCAAGCAACUUACAGCGGGUUUGAGCGCGAUGUGUUCCGAACGGUUGCUGAUUACUUUCUUAAUCUCCCUGAGCCAUUGCUUACUUUUGAAUACUAUGAACUUUUUGUUAAUAUUUUAGAUCUUCUUCAGCCUCAUUUAGAAAGGAUUGCUGUUGAAGCACUGCAGAUAUGCUGUUUGUUGCUCCCACCACCAAACCGCAGGAAGAUUCAGCUCCUGAUGCGCAUGAUCUCCCGGAUGAGUGAGAACGUGGAUAUGCCGCGACUGCACGAUGCAAUGGGCACACGCUCUCUGAUGAUCCAGACCUUUUCUCGCUGCGUGCUGUGCUGUGCAGAAGAAGUAGAUCUCGAUGAGCUGCUCUCUACACGAUUAGUUUCAUUUCUCAUGGACCAUCAACAAGAAAUAUUUAAAGUUCCCACUUACCUGCAGGUCGCAGUGCAAGAUCACAUCGAACACAUGAAGAUGGCUGAGUGCAAAUACCCAAAGGAAGAAAUUUGUGCCAUAUUGCCAACAUAUUCAUACUGCAGACAAAUCACUCCUCAGGAGUUUGAAGAACAAAAGGUUUCUACUUCUCAAGCUGCAGUAGCAGAGCUCUUGGAGAACAUUAUCAAAGAUAAGAACUUGUCUGUGAAAGACAAGAAGAAAAAGUUAAAACAGUUCCAGAAGGAAUACCCACUGAUCUACCAGAACAGAUUUCCAACCACAGAAAAUGAAGCUGUGCUGCUUGAGAACAAACCUACCAUCAAACAACCGAUGCUUAGCUUAAGGAAACCCAGAUUUCGUAGCCUAAGAUAUUAA